CUCACUCCACUCGGUUCGCUCAUGUCCGCCUUCCCAUUGGAUCCUCGACUAUCUCGUGUGAUUGUCUCAUCUGCCUAUUUGGGCUGUUUGGUCGAGGUUCUAAGCAUUCUAAGCAUGCUCUACGUGAGCCCCGUUUUCUACGUCCCCAUGGCUAAACGAGAUGAGUUCGGUGAGAUCCAACAGCAAUUUUAUCAUCCGGAUGGUGAUCUAAUCAGCCUCCUACUGAUCUAUCGCGCAUAUGUACGAAGUUCACGGACCAACGACCAGAUAUUGCACCCGAUCGGAUCCCGGUCCAAUUCCCGCCAAACAUGGUGUCGUGCUCACUUUCUCAAUCGAUCCCGGCUCGAGACGGCAAUCAAAGUUCGGGGCCAGUUAAAACAGAUCGUGCGUGGCUCUGCACUUGCUCGUUCCGGCUUCCGAUCAUGUGGUGCCGAUUUGUACAAAAUCACUCAGGCUUUUCUCCAGUCCGGAUUUCAUGAUCAGGUUGCAUUGCUAGCCGAUUCGGCUCUGUUGACUAUCAGCGGAAUUCGGGCGCUCAGCGAGUUCAGCCAAUCGCGUCGAUCUGUCUACACGUUGGCCGGACUAAACCAACCCGGAUCUGGGAGGUUCUUCCUUAUUCAUCCCGAAUCACAACUGUAUCUGGCCUCGCUAUCAGACACACCACCGGGAGCUGUGCUUUUCAUCGAAACGGUCACUCAGUCCACUACUGCAACGAGUGAAAAACCACCCACAUGCGAGACUGUGCAAUCUCCGAUCCUAACGUAUAUGCGCCAUGUGGCUACAGUUCAGUGGGGUUCAACUUCGCACACGGACUCUAACAGUCGAGUGGAAUUCAACAACUGGUUAACAAUCCUGUUGUCCGAAAAAUCCACACCGAACCGUAGUGGGAAGAGGUCACGCGAUCUGCAGCCAUGCGACCAUGAAGUGGGUCAGAAACGAUCCCGUCCCCGCGACAAUGCCUCUACGUUCAAUGUGACGAGCUGCAAAGAUGUUUCUCAAACAAUUCUUAAUCACAUAGAAGCCGUAUCAUCACCAUCGUUGAAACCGGAGGAUUCUUGUCAUCAGGCAGGAAAUUCAAUCCUGACCAAACGACAACGAAAACGACUGGCUGCCAAACGGAAGAAACAAUCGUUGCUAUCAGUUUGA